ACAGUGUGCAUUGCGACCAGUCUGAGUGAUGACUCUCCCGAUGCAUCAAGACGCUGCCGCCGCCGCCGCCGCUGUUUUACGGAGAACUAGAAUGAUUCUGCUACUUUUGCUGUUGAUGUUCUCCUUGUCGUCGUUUCCAUCAGUUACCGCUGAGUGCCCGGAAAAAUGCUUGUGCAUAGAAGAGAUAUUCUUCUGCCAUAAGAAGGGAUUGGAUCGGAUACCCGACCGCAUACCUCCGGCUAUCAAAGUGCUGGACUUGAGCUACAACGAAAUCAUGGAUAUCGAAUCAUUAGCUCAUCUAACAGAGUUAGAGACCUUAAUCGAAUCAUAUUUCAGGAAUUUGAGCAACAAUAAUAUAAGUGAAUUGAAACAUGGUGCUUUUGCAAAUCUUUCGAAGCUUCAGUCAUUAUUAUUGAAUGGAAAUAAAUUCGAAAAUAUCGAGACUGGGGUUUUUAAUAACUUAACGAGUUUAGAAUUUUUAUUAUUGCAUGAAAACAACAUUCAUAAGCUCGAUUCGGAAAUAUUUAAGGGACUUACAAAACUGUAUAAACUAACUUUGAAUAACAAUAAUAUAAGUGAGGUAAAAAAUGGUGCAUUUGCAAAUCUUUCGAAGCUUCAAAUAUUAAAUUUGAGCAACAGUAAUAUUAGUGAGGUGAAAAAUGGUGCAUUUGCAAAUCUUUCGAAGCUUCAGACAUUAUUAUUGAAUGGAAAUAAAAUCGAAAACAUUGAGACUGGGGUUUUUAAUAACUUAACGAGUUUAGACUCCUUAUCCUUGCAUGAUAACAACAUUCAUAAGCUCGAUUCGGAAAUGUUUAAGGGACUUACACGACUGUUUAAACUAAUGUUGAGUAACAAUAAUAUAAGUGAAUUGAAACAUGGUGGAUUUGCAAACCUUUCAGAGCUUCAGAUAUUGUACUUGGAUAAUAAUAAAAUCGAAAACAUCGAGACUGGGGCUUUUAAUAACUUAACGAGUUUGAAAGUAUUACACUUGGAUUACAACAACAUUCAUAAGCUCGAUUUGGAAAUGUUUAAGGGCCUUAGAAAACUUGAUAAACUGUUUUUAGACCACAAUAUGAUAAGACAUAUUCCACCUGGGACAAUCGAUUCAUUAACGUCGUUGAGUCUUUUAUGGCUUGACCAUAACCCGUUGACGUGCGAUUGCAAUAUUCUGUUGUUUGUAAAUGUACUGAAGAAAAGUUACCCUCAGCGAGAUGUACUCUGGGAUAACGACCCGUCGUGUCAUUUUCCCGUAGAAAUGAAAGAAAAAUCGUUGAAGGAAAUAACCAAAAAUGAUUUUAAUUGCACGUCUCCGGAUGUAAUUGUGGUACCAGAAAACAAGACGGUGUCGGUCGGUGAACAGUUACAACUCUCGUGCAAAGUUGUAGGAGACCCGGAACCUUAUAUAACGUGGGCCAAAGACGACAUCGAUCUAGAACUUGGGAAACGAGUUCAGGUAUUUCAAAACAAUACAUUGAUUAUAUCUAAAGUGGAAAAAACGGACGGCGGUAAAUAUAAGUGCGUGGCGUCCAAUUAUCUUGGACGAAAAUCUUUCGAAGCGAUGGUUAAUGUAAACGGUUUGGCGAAAAAUGGUUCUAAAACCAUGUUUAGGAUAAUACGUUUAAUAAUAGGUUUUUCUUGUCUCUUUAUUAUAUUAGCGAAUUACUUAAUUUAUAAUGGCAUAUCUAAUAUUGUAAAAAAUGUAUUAUUAUUAUUAUUCUUGUGACUUGUGAAUUGUAUAUUUUACAAUUAACA